ACUACCAGUUUGCGAAUACCGAGCAAAACAAAAUAGAAAAAUCUGUAAAUUGCGAGGACCUGAAGUGCGCGAAGAUAGGGAAAGUAACAAGUGGGGGACGCCGCAGAGUCCGGCACCUGCAACUACAUAAAGAGUCCACAAUUCAUUAUUUUAAAUCACAAUUUAAAUAACCUGGUUAAAUGUUGCGAGUACUGGCCCCAAAACGACCGGCUUUUCUGGUGGGCAGUAAAGUCGAUAUUUUUCAAUUGGAAUCAAAUAGCCGGCUUUCCAAUUAUUCUCAAAGAUCUGUACGACGCCACAAUACUGAGGCCCAUGAACAGCUUAGCUCGCGCCAAAGGGCCUGGCAAGUUGCCAGAGAGCGGUAUAAGAACUAUGAGCACAUUCAUUACAGUUCGGUCGUAGAAACAGGGCUUAUACCAAAAAAACCAUCUUCAAGUGCAUCCUCCCGCUUAUCAUUGCCCAACCCCAACUGGCUCGAGGAUUACGAGUUCUAUGCGGGCAAUGCCAAAUCCCCAGAUGGUUCAGAGGAUAAAUCAAUAGCUUCAUCAUCAGUGCCUUGCAGUGGAUGUGGCGCACACCUGCAUUGUCAUAACUCUUCGUAUCCGGGCUAUAUACCAAGUGAAAUAUUUAAAGGACGCACAGAGACUGAGUUGCGAACGAUUGUUUGCAAACGUUGCCAUUUUCUUAAACAUUAUAACCUGGCCCUGGAUGUGGAGGUGCCUUCGUCUUCUUAUGUGGAUACGAUUUCUCGAAUUCAAGACAAAUUUGCGUUGGCAAUUGUUUUGGUCGAUUUACUGGAUUUCCCCAGCUCCAUUUGGCCAGGCAUGUUGCGCGUUUUGGGUUCAAAACGUCCUGUUUUUUUGGUGGGCAAUAAAGUCGAUCUUCUGCCGCGAGACUCCAAUAGCUAUAUGAAUCAUGUACGGAGUUGCUUGACGCAGGAAUUCAUUAAACAUGGAGGUGGCCAAGGCAUGAAUAUCAAACAUGUUAGCUUAAUCUCUGCCAAGACAGGCUACGGAAUUGAGGAACUCAUCACUCAACUGCACAAAAUAUGGGCCUACAAGGGCGAUGUCUAUCUUCUUGGCUGCACGAAUGUGGGCAAAAGUACAUUAUUCAACAUUCUGCUUAAUUCCGACUACUGCCGUCCGGAGGCUAGCGAUUUGGUGGCCAAGGCAACAACUUGUCCAUGGCCAGGUACCACACUUAAACUUCUAAGAUUUCCCAUCCUGCGUCCAUCUGACCUAAGGGUCUAUCAACGCUUUCAGCGCCUGUUCUCCGAACGGGGACAGCGAGCGGCCAUGGAGAAGCUGCGCCGGGAUCAGGCCAAAGAAAGCAAAGGCAACACUUCAGCUGCCCAGCCAAUGGCCGUAGUUGGACGCACGUUUGAUCGCAGAAAUGUGGUCAACGAUGUGUUUGCCAUGUCAUCUGGCGUUAAGCCGGUAACAACAUUAAAUGAACGACGGGCAGAAUAUCGGGAAGCACGUUGGGUCUACGAUACACCCGGGGUAAUGCAGCCAGAUCAACUAACUCCUCUUUUGACCACUGAGGAGCUAACGUUACUUCAACCAAAAAAGAUGAUACGGCCUCGCGCAUUUCGUGUGAGACCAAAUAUGAGUCUCAUGCUAGGUGGACUAGCACGUUUUGAUCUCUUGGAUUGUUUAAGUGACGAAAGACAAUUAGAAUAUUUAAAAGUUAUUGUAUUUGCUUCGGAGGAACUGCCACUGCUUAUAGUGGAUACCGCGCAUGCGGAAACGGUUUACCAAAGAUAUCUAGGAACUGAGCUUUUGGGUCUGCCUAUUUCUGGACAGGACGCAGGUGACGCGGAACGAAUCAAAAGAUGGCCCGGCCUACAGUGUCAGGAUACUGAUAUUGUAAUUACCAAUAGUGAGAGAAAUGUUGGAAAGCUUAGUUGUGAUAUUACUUUAAGCUCGGCGGGUUGGAUUGGACUACUAAUGCCCUCAAAUUCAGAGUGCCUUCUUCGAGCUUGGACACCACUGGCCGCUGGUGUAUAUGUGCGAAAACCUGCUCUCGUUCCUCUUGCCGAUCGUCUGGUGGGCAAACAUAUACGUUACUCGCUAGCAUAUAACACAUCAAAACCGUUUGUGUUUCAAAAAUAAAUAAAUCGAAAUGUUUUAAAAGUUUA